AUGGCUGCUCCUCCCGAAAAGACGACCAAGAACCUCACCGGCAAGUGGAACGUGAACUACACCUACUCCGACUCGAGCGAACCCGGCCUCAUCAUCCAGGGCAUCAGCUACCUCGUGCGCAAGGGUAUCCUGGCCGCGACCCUGACGCUCGAGACGAACCAGUACGAGGCGGCGCCGAACCCGCCCAACGAGGCCGAGCCCGAGUGCUGGCACAUUGACAUUGUCCAGUCGGCGUCGGGCAUGAGCACCGAGGAACGCCGCUGCCUCGACAACACGUACCGCCAGCACUCGGACUGGCUGUUUGGCAACGUCCGCGGGCGGUCGGCGUGGGUCGGGCUCGAGGACAUUGAGGACGAGUAUCUGAAGACGGGCUGGCUGAUCGAGGGCGAAGGCGGCAAGAAUCUGAUCUUGUCGCACGCCGAGUCGGACGACUAUGGGUGGACGGCGGACCAGAUUUGGGGAUUUCAGGAGAUUGAUGGCCAGAGGCGCCACUGCCGCAACUUUGUGGUGGCCAAGGAGGGACAGCGCGCCGAGUUUCGCUUCGUGUAUGACUAUGAGGAGUGA